AUGUCAAAAUUCAUCGCGACUAAUGGGACACACAGUAUAAUGGAACCAGAAGCUGGUCCGAGUAAAAGCAAUAAGAGCAGCAAAAGUAAAAAUCACAAAAAUCGAAACAACCACCAUCAGAAUAACGAGAUUCCUAUGAAUAUAGAUAGCGGCGGCGGCAAUGCUGUCACGGACGAUAAACGAAGACUUGCACUUGAACGAAUUGAAAAUCAAGAGAUGGAAUAUCGAAAGUUAGCACAAGCAAUCACCAAAAUGGCGGAUUGUCAACGUGAAUUAUACCAGACGAUUGAAUCGAUAAAUGACGAUAAAGUGUCCGAAGUAUUCGCACAACUAUUCGCACAGUUACCAAACGAUGAUAUCAGCAACAAUAUCUAUACAGGAAUUCCUCAAUAUAACCUCAUAAAUAAUAAAAAGAUGAUAUUACCCCAAAUUUCAUCAAUUUCUUCGUUUUCAAAAAAUAAUGCUUCGAAUGAUACCGCUAUUAAUAUUAGUAAAGAAGUUGUAAAAGUACCAUUUUGGCCUUUGCCCGAUUCACAACCACCACCACAAAUUUAUCAUCCCAAUCCUGUAUCACAGCCAAUCACGAACACAAAAAUUGAACGAUAUCGAAGAAGUCGACCAGACAAACGCGAGAAAUGGAAUUUAACACAACGACAAUGGUUGACACGUGAAUUCCGUGCACACUACGAACGACGCGUAAGACUUGACGAUAACGUCACCAAAAAAGGUGUCGCUUACGAGUUGGAGCAAUUGAUUCACGGGCGACCGGAAAUUCAUGUCUAUCAGUGUGUGAGAUCUUAUUUAACCGGUCGUACGUCGAUUACUAAUCUUGAGGUUCUGUAUGCGAUUGAAAAGUGGAUUAAAACGGAAAUUGCACAUUGGGGUGAAUUGUCAGAAGAGGAUUUUUGGUUUGAUUAG